AUGGCAGAGUCAGCUCAAAGGCCGCCACGGCGACCAGGGCUUCAUGGAAUAUAUGGCUUCCGGUGUGGUCCGGUCCUUGUCUAUCCCGCUGUUGGGCUAUGGGCUAAGGACAAAGGGAAUCUCCAAUCAUAUAACCACCGGCCAGAAGACAUCUUCUGGGGCCAGCUGAGCGGUGUCACCACCGUCGUCAAUCACGCGCACAUGACAUACUCCCCCGAGCAUGCCAAGCAAGGAAUCAAAAACAUCAGUAUCUUCGGGAAUCCUAUCAGUCUUCUGCUACACAUCGAUCCGCCGCAUCCGAGAGUGGUCAUCAACUUAGCUGCACCGUUCGGUGAUGGGCGGGUGAGCCUCUGUCUCGCGGUAGACUUUGAUGUCCCCUACGACAGCGUGGUCGACUUAUGGCAAAAGACCCAGGUCCUGGGGAUAAAGCUCCUCACUACGCAUUAUGUUGCCGGGUUUAUGCCAAACGCCAUCCAACUCCUAUCCUCCGCCAGCCAGCUAACAUCGCGAGUACUAAUAUCUUACGGAAAUGGGAUCUCUGAACUAGACGCCCUCACGCUGAAACCUCAGGACGCCUUUGUCUGCAGCACGCCCGAAACAGAAAUGCAAAUGGGCCUUAGCGAUCCAGUUGCCUUCCUCUGUGAUUUCAAAUCACACACCUGCGUUGGGGUCGACUGCCACUCGAACAAUUCCUCGGACAUCCUCACCCAGAUCCGACUGAUGCUGCAACAUACCCGUGCCAUUCGCAAUACCCAUGCCCUUCAGAGCAGCCAGUAUCCCAGUGUUGAUGUCCAUCUUCAAGAGGCGUUUAAUCUGGGCACGAUCCAGGGGCGCUCAGGCUUUUAA